AUGGGAUAAUAGCAAUCACAAUAAAACAAUUUUUUUUGGCCUGCCAAGGGAGAAGUGUAAUUAUGGACUCACUCAUAAAUAAAAAUCAUAUCAGAAGGGGAAUCUAAGUUUUCUGAACAAAAUAAUGAAUCUGUAAUUACCUGUCCUAUUGAGUACUCAUUAAGUUGGGUAACUAAGUCAAAUCAGAUUCAUUUUACUUCAACGAAAAUAUCUAAUGGAACUAAAGUGAAAUUUGUAGUUGAUCAAAGCAAUGAAACGGAAUAUACAAUAGUUGAGAAAUUAGAAAAAUAAGUAGAUGAGGAACUACAGCCUUAAAUAAUGUGGAAAUGCUGGGUCGAGAUUUGGCUUAGCUAAACUAAAAAGAAUGAUAUUGUGCUUAGUAAGUAAGACAGUUUAGAAAACGUGUAAUUGGAAAGUGGGCUAGGGUCUAUUAGCAAUCCAUUAGUCAAAGUCUAUAGGGAAAGGAGAGGAUAACUACAACUACUGACAAGACAUUUGUGUUAUUCAAAUUAGAAUGAUAAUAAGAAAUCAACCAAAUACUAGAUAAAUAUGUAAUUUUGUAAGUCUUAAUUUUGGAUAUUCAAUUGGGAUCUUAAAUAGAAAAUAGUUCCUGAUAGUUAUUUUUUGGAAUUGUAAAAUAAAUCAUCAACAGAAUCUCUUUCUUUUUAUCAAUUAACACUAAAUUGA